CUUCCAUUUUGUUGCAAUAGAGACGGGAGUCGGGAGAGUGUGUGAGAGAGAGAGAGAGAAGCGGCGCAGCUAACUGUGAACAUCACGUAGGCUUCGAGUGUGACGGGGAUUUGUAAGGAAAUAUAGCUCGCUGUGCUUCCUCACAAAGUCCGCCCGAGAGGGAAAGGUCACGAACAGGCUUAUCGCAUCGUUUUCUUUGGGACGAAGGGCUCUUCAACAACCAAACCCGAGGAAGUCGGUCCUCUCGGCGCAUCGUGUGCGGCGGUGAAUUGAUGUUCAGCUCGGCUCUCCGGGAAAACAACGCUCAUCGGCACAUGAACACUUCGGACCUCGCUGGACACAGAAGAAGUGCAGCGAGAAGUAGACAGACGACUACUUCGAGGACCUGGGGCCCGAUCGGAGGUGAACGAUUGAAGACGGAUCUCUGGUGCAUCAACUUUCUGACAACAAAGAGGUGACACGCUAGUGCAGAAUGGGAGGCGGAGAGAGAUACAACAUUCCAGUUUCCCUCCCCGAGCGCCCUUUGCCCAAGAAGAACCAACUGGGCCGGGCGAAGCAGAGGGGCCGCGACCAGAGCGGCGCGGCGGCGUCUGCGGGAGGGGCGAGCGGCCUCCAUCACCUCGGCCACCGCCGCGGCGACAAGGUCGCGGCCUACCACAGGUCGCAGGAGGCGCGGCAGGCCGCGUCCGCAGAGAAGGGCGCCUCGGUCCGCUUUGCCGGCAACUACGAUCACAACUGGGAAGGCGCGGUGUCUCACCUGAACACGCUGCUGGCCACGCAGGGGAGCCCCAGCUACGCCGGGCCGAAGUUCAGCGAGCCACCCUCCCCCAGCGUGUUGCCUAAGCCCCCCAGCCACUGGGUGUCCUUCCCCAUGGGGCCCUGUGACCACCGGGAGAUGAUGGCCUUCCAGCUCAAGAGCCUCCUCAAAGUACAGGCCUGAGAGGGAUCCCCUCCCCCCACUUACAUCAAAAGCCCACGUAUGAACCAACUAGGACUCUGUUGAGGGCACCCACCCACCAGGAACACCUCAGAGCUGUAAUACUUUUAGUCCCUUUUUUAAGAUUGACCUCAGUGUUGGAAGGCAUUUGCAGCAGUUAAAAUGUUGAUUGACACACAAAAAUUUUAAGCCUACGUUUCUAGAUAUUACAGCCUUGGAGCCUUGCUGGUCGGUAAUGCCUUUUAGUGGAGUCACUUUCUGUGACUUGAUGACAAACUGGAUAUCCCUUCUACUUCUGUUUUUUGUUUUGUUCUUUUUAAUGUUGGCUGUCAAAGCAGAUUGAGUGUGCUGGUUCCCCCCCAAACAAUGGUUUUAGUAUAGGUCAGUUAAAUCCCCAUCGCUAUUACGGUCCGUUUCUGUGGACAGACAUGCCCUUUGAUUUAUUUGACUCUUACGACGAGCCUUUUAGGGACACAUCUAAAGCUAAAGCUUCCGGUGCUAAAGCAAACUCUUGUUGUAGCAUUUUCCUUUUUCUGACUAGGGCCCGCCUUCCUUUCUUUGGUGUAUAACAAUUCUUGUUUGGGAUGGAAAGGACACUCAAGCUGCAAUUCUGCAGGGAAAAAAAGCUUUCUUACCGGAGGUAAUAUGCUGUACAGGUCAAGUAUAACCUCAGACUUGUGGGUAAAAAGAGACCAAGGCACACGGGCCUUGGACUGUCGACUCCUGUACUUUUUUUUAUUGCGCUGUGCGCACAUGCACUAUAGGAGUCGAACUCGUCUGAGGCCCAUAACACUCUAUCAUAGCAUUAUUUUUUACAAGUCCUUUUAUGAUCGUGGUUGAAAGACAUAAGAAGUGCUGUGUAACCAAAGCAAUGUUUUAGCUGUAUGCGCCGCCCCCCCCCCCCCCCCCUUUUGGACAUUGUCUAUGUGGUGGGCAGGUUGUUGCCGUAGCCACUUAAACCUCUUGAGGUCUGCGUGGUGAAUGAGUGACGGUCCCGAAAGUCACUUCUAACUGUUUGUCUUUUCCAAAUGAGCACUGUUAUUGCUCCUCCGCCUUGGCCUCUUCAGGACAGCGCUGCAGCUCGGGCACGCGGAAGAGGGGCCGGGCUUGGUUUUGUGGAGGGGGGGGGGAGGGCUGUAGAGCUCUCCCCCCCCCCCCCCCAAGUCAUGUGACUUGGCCCCGUUUGGGCUGCAUGCAUUUGUACGUGAGGCACGUGAGCGGAGGAGGGUUUCUGAAGUGAAGUGGCCCAAAGGACUCGAAGUGAGGCAGGAGGUGGGUGUUUAUGUUUACAAAAUAGAUUUCAGUAGUUGACCAUCCCAUAAUCAACAGACGCACUCUGCCUCUUGGUUACCCGCUUGCACUGCAAUCAGACUAGUUUUUAAUCAGUUACAGGCCAGGAUGCCAUUGAUAUGAUGGCGGCGUAAUUGACUAUCUCACUACAGAUAUUUUUCUUUAUUGACUCAAUUCUCUGAGGCUCUUUUUGCUUUCCCCUUGCAGAAUUGGAGCCGUUUAUUGCCAGCGUAAAGAUGACAAAACAAAGUACGGGAGCUUGUUAAUGUGUUCAAGAGCCAUGUAAAUAAUUAAAUGUAUAAAGUACUUGUAGCAUAUGUACAUUUGCAGGCGGAGUUUGAGGCCUGUCUGACAAAAGUAUUUUUAGUAACAACACUGAAUGUAUAAGACAUGCUAAGGACGUGUCUUGACUUCAAUGUCUUGACUUCAAUACUGAAGAUUAUUUUUGUUAAAAAAAAAGAAAAAAGCUGCAAAUAGCAUUUCUCAACACCCCUGCACUGUUAUCUUUCCAGAGAUCUUGCACAUGUUUUUUAUUGUUUUGUAUUAUGCAGUGUAGGGUGAAAUAUGCUUAGUGCAAAUUAAGUGAAACUGCAAAACAUUAAUUAGGUCCUAGAGGAGACUUGCCGAUGUAUGAACUCGAGCUCUGAAUGUGCUUACAUAACGUAAGUGGUGUUUUCCAUCUGGAGUUUACCCGUUUGUGCCUAAUUUGAAAUCCAUGCUGAAACUGUUUAUUUGGUGGCCACGCCACGAGUUGAUGGACGUUCUUCAUCAGAACCGGAUUCUGUUCUCGGCUGUUCUUCCGCCAGCCGACAACUGGACCUGGCCCAGUGCCGUUUGUUUUUACUGUUGGUUGUUCAUGUAAAACGUUCUUUUUCUUACCCCUGAUCGAGUUGUGCAUGGCGGUCUCCUUAUUCUAAAUUGGAAACAUGUUAUCAAUUGGCUGUUAAUUUGUCCCCCUGAAGAAAUGUCACCGACUAUGAAGAGAAAAUGCCCUGUUUUAAUUGGUAUCAAUUAGGUUAAAAGAAAGUGUUUGAAGCACUCAUCCGUUACAAAGUUUGACCAAAAAGAAUAAAUCCCUUUCCCUCCCCUCUA